GGCAGCCCCGCCCCAUCGAUUAUGGUUGGCUCUGGUGCUGGAAAUGCGUCAUCCAUCCGCGCCAGCCGGAAGCCGCGGUUCGUUAUAACAGUUAUUGCUGGUGGCCCCUAGGUGAACGUCGCGGUUGCGUAUCGGAGCACAUAAUGGCGACGCCCCCGAAACGGCGGGCCUUGGAUACGGUGGGGGAGAAAGUGCUGCGGUAUGAGGCCUUUAUCAGUGACGUACUGCAGCGAGACUUGCAAAAGGUACUGGACCAUCGAGACAAGGUAUAUGAGCAGCUGUCUGUAUACCUUCAACUAAGAAAUGUCAUUGAGCGACUCCAGGAAACUAAUCACUCGGAGUUAUAUAUGCAGGUGGAUUUGGGCUGUAACUUCUUCGUUGACACAAUGGUCCCAGAUACUUCACGCAUCUAUGUGGCCCUGGGAUACGGUUUUUUCCUGGAACUGACACUGGCCGAAGCUCUCAAGUUCAUUGACCGAAAGAGUUCCCUCCUCACAGAGCUCAGCGACAGCCUCACCAAGGACUCCAUGAAUAUCAAGGCCAAUAUCCACAUGAUGCUAGAGGGACUUAGAGAACUACAAGGCCUGCAGAAUUUCCCAGAGCCAUCUCCCCAUUGACUGCAUCUUCCCAGCCUCCAAUAUUAAACAGCCUGAAUGCCUUGGAA